AUGAGCUCGAUCACGCGAAUGUCCCCACUGGACUUGCUCAAACUCAAUGCGACUAACCUCGACCCGCUAACCGAGAACUACGAUCUCGGCUUCUACCUCAACUACAUGAGCAAAUGGCCGUCGCUGUUUAGCAAAGUCACAGACCGCGAUGCCGGCGUGGUAGGCUACAUCAUGGGUAAGACCGAAGAGCAACACCCUUCAAUGCGCCAUUCUGAGCACUACACUCCGUGGCAUGGUCACAUCACCGUCCUAACCGUUGCCCCCGCCUGGCGCCGACUCGGCUACGCCAGCCAGCUGACCGAAGAGCUGGAGCACGGAUCUGACAGUGCUGAUGCGUGGUUUGUGGACCUGUACGUCCGCUCUGGAAACAAGGUGGCCGUCGACAUGUACAAGGGCAUGGGCUACUCCGUGUUUAGGCGAGUAGUCAAUUACUAUAGCGAUGAUCCAACCGGCAUGUCCGAUUCUGGAGAGGACGCAUUCGAUAUGCGCAAACCUUGCUCCCGGGACAAGAAGCUCGAACACAUACGAGACAAAGGAGAAGAUUUCCGGGUGAGCCCCGAGGAUGUUUCCUAG